AUGGAAGCAGUGCUUUCUCUCGCCGUGUUCUGCGUUGCACUGGCCGUGGCCAUCGCCGGUCUGCUGCACCACGGCGGAGGCUUAGGCCUCGGUCAUGGAGGAUUUGGCGGAGGAUUCGGUCGAGGCUUCGGCGGCUACGGCGGCGGUCUUGGCGGUUUUGGCGGUUUUGGCGGUGGUUUGGGGCACGGAUACGGAGGCGGCUACGGAGGAAGUUACGGCGGAUCUUACGGUGGAAGCUACGGUGGAUCUUACGGCGGCCGCUACGGUGGAUUCGUAGGCGGCUUCUACGGCUAA